AAUCGAGACAACUUCUCGCUUGGUUUGAAGGCAUUUGCCGAAGAAGGUUUAAGCCACCCAAACAAACAACCUCAGAAAGAUGGCUCAGCAAAGACAGACCGGAAGCUGCUGUUGUUGUGGAGGUAGAGGCUGCUCCUGCUGUAGUGGAGGAGGAAGUGGCAGAGGAGGCUCUUGCUGCAGUGGCUCUUCUGGUGGAGUCCUACAGAUCCAAGGGGGUUCCUCAGGCUGCUGUGGAGGAGGAGGCUGCUGUGGAUCCAGACAACGGGUCAUCGUAGUCCAAGGAGGCCAAGGAGCAUCCUGCUGUGCCGGCGGUGGUGUUGCUGGGCUUCAACAGAUUCAAGGACCUGGCUUCUAUGGUGGUGGCAGUGGCGGCGCAGUGUGCUGCAGUAGUGGCAGCAGAGGCGCAGUGUGCUGCAGUAGUGGCAGUGGAGGUGCAGUGUGCUGUGGCAGCGGUGGCAGUGGUGGUGGCGCCGUCUGCUGUAGCAGCGGACAAUCAACCCAGUCCGUCAUGGUUCCAAUGGGUGUUUAUGGCGGACAGACCUCUGGAUGCUGCGUUGGGGUCGGGUCUGGUUUUGGUGGUAGUGGUCUGUACCAGCAAAAAGCUCCCAUCAUGGGCAUGGGCAUGGGCAGCACUGGAGGAGCUGCCUGUUGUGCUUCAUCAGGGUCCGGUGGUGGUGUCCCAGUUGUAGUUGGAAGUGGAGGUGCUGGGGGAGCUGCCUGUUGUGCUUCAUCAGGGUCCAGCGGUGGUGGAGUUAAGGUUGUAGGUGGGGGGCUCAGUGGUGGUGUCCCAGUUGUAGUUGGAAGUGGAGGUGCUGGGGGAGCUGCCUGUUGUGCUUCAUCAGGGUCCAGUGGUGGUGGAGUUAAGGUUGUAGGUGGGGGGCUCAGUGGUGGUGUCCCAGUUGUAGUUGGAAGUGGCAGUGGUGGGGGAGCUGCCUGUUGUGCUUCAUCGGGGUCCAGUGGCGGAAGUGCUGUUUGUGUGGGCAGUGGAAGCGGAGGUGUAGGUGGAGUUAAGGUUGUAGGAUCUGGGGGGAGUCUGGGAGGAGGCUUAAGCAGUGGAUUAAGCUCUGGUGGGAAAACAAUUGUUGUAUCAGGUGAUGGAGACGGUGGUGCAGUGUGCUGUGGUACAGGGGGCUCUAGCGGGGGAACCAUCGUUGUUUCCAGUGGUAGUUCUUCUGUUGCACCUGUGUUAGGGCAAACCAAGCAGGUUUGCUCCUUGCCACCAAGCUUCAAGUAAAAUCUGUUUGGAAUGACAGUGCAAGAAACAAAUAGAAAUGUAUCCUCAUGAGUCUACACAUCUUUACAAUGUCAGGUUAAGCUGACAUCACUUUUCAUGUUGCAUUCUUCCCGCUUCUCUUUACUUUUCAUAUUCAGUGUGUCUCUGUAAAUUCUUAUCUGUGUGAUUGUUUGCAUGGUCUUUGGGGUGGAAAGGGGUUAAUAACAACCCCGCCACUGAUUUCCUGCUUCAUUCUCCAUUAUUGCAUGGGAGAUAAUAAAGCUUACCUCAGAAUGAA